AUGGCCAUCUGGGAUUCCAUCAGCGGUCGCAAGCAGGAGCAGACCACUGCUUAUGACGCGCCCGCUGCACAAGACGCUACUUCUUUCCUCUCCGAAGUCGCUAUUCCCGACCCUUCCAGACUCCAUCCCCUGGCCGGCCUGAACCAAGACACUCUUGACUACCUUUCUCUCGAAGACUCCGCCCUUGAUGCGACCCCCGGCUCCCGUUCAGUCUUGCCUUCCCGCGGAUGGUCCGAUGAUCUCUGUUAUGGUGCUGGCACCACAUACCUUGCUGCUCUGGUUGCCGGAGGUGCAUGGGGAAUGGCUGAAGGCUUGAGCAAGACUCCCUCUACCGCCCCUCCCAAGAUUCGUCUGAACGGUGUUCUUAACUCGAUCACCCGCCGUGGUCCGUUCCUCGGUAACUCCGCUGGUGUUGUUGCGAUGGUUUACAAUGGUUUCAACUCCGCGAUUGGAUACGCCCGUGGCAAGCACGACGCUUCAAACAGCGUUGCUGCGGGUGCACUGAGUGGAAUGCUGUUCAAGAGUACUCGUGGUGUCAAGCCCAUGAUGAUUUCUGGCGGUAUCGUGGCCUCUAUUGCUGGCACUUGGGCCGUGACACGGAAAGCAUUCUUCUAA